AUGGAGCUCGAACGUCGUGACUUCGAAAGCACCAAGUGGAUGGACCGCAAAACCGGCUUUGAGGCGCUGGAGGAAGCGUUCAACGUGGCGACGGCGAAUCUGGACGCCGUCGUCGUAGCACGUGAGUUGCCAGUCCAAGACAUUCAAGGUGGCCAACGUGUACGUGCUCAAGAGCGUCUUCCAAGCUAUAGCUAUCAUUGCGUCGUUGUGCGAGUCAAUGGGGGAUUGGGGGUCAUGUCGGCGUUGGUGCCCCGCGCGCGCGGUAGAGAAGAUGAGCGAUACAAGGUCAGCGAGAUGGUGCGUCCGAUGUUCUUGGCGCUUGCAGAGCUCGUCGGGCUGGCGUCCGUAUUGGCCGCGAUCUUUGGGCACAUGUCGGUGGUCAAGACGCCCCAGGCGCAGUUCGAGUGCCUCGAGUUCGCGCGCGAGAGCGUCGGCGAGUUUGGCAUGCCCACGUGCAACCCCCAUGGGGUCAUCGAGUACGUCAAGGAACCGUUCGGCUUGGCGUCGAGCAGCCCCAAAACCCGCGUGUCGGCCAUCGCCGUCUUUGGCUCGUUGUACGGCCAGCUGGGAGACGCCAUGCGGCCGCUUCUGAACCUGGAUGGGUGGAAGCUGUCACUCAAGGACUGCGUCGAGGCUGAGUUCGAACGCGUGGGGUUCAAUCCGAGCUCGUUUGCGGUGUCUCGGGCGCUGUUUGGCCGUGUGGACGUUAGAGCCAAGAUCUCAAAGGAGUUGCUGGCAGACAUGGCCAACGAACACGACAAGGUGGCGUGGAAGAAGCGGUUGGGUGCGAUGGAGCAAACCCAGCAGAUCUGUGAAAAAGCGGACUUGUCGAUAGAGUUGACCAAGGGGUGA